AUGGACGAUCUGGUUCGUGAUGCUCGGGAUCUGGACACCGAUUCGUCAGCAUACCUGGACUUCCACCGGCGCUAUACCGCAGCCAUAGUCGCUCCCAUAUAUCUUCAGCAAUAUGUCAGCCUGAAUUCUACAUCACAGAGCCUUGACGUAAGGAUCUUCGAAUUUGUCCACGAAGCACUGAACAGAUCUCAAAACCUACCUGUCUAUCUGCCAUUGCUAGCUGAGGACCCCAACCAAGCAUCGGCGUGGAACAUUGCGCAAGACAUUCGUACUCUUGCGUAUUCGCUUCUGGCAUCAUCAACAUCAACCAUUCGAGAGUACAAGAGGAAAGCGCAGGGCAUCUCUCCACAAGACAUAAGACCAUAUUCUGAUACAGAUCUCCACGCACCGGCAAAAGAAAUCGAUGGGCGCGUUGGUGGGUUGUUGAAGUGGGCGAAGUCAAAAGACCUUAAUCCGUCCCUUCUCUGGUCGCUCUUCGCUUUGAGCCUUGUCCUAGGCGAACUGAAUACAGCGCCUUCACUGCCACUAGUCUCGCGUGUCAUCAAUGCCGAUUUCGACUACACAUGGCCCUUCGUUCAGCUCACUGCCCGCUUCCAGGCCGCUAUGUACUCGCUACGUAUGCUCAAGCAGAUGACAGAAAUCUGGCUGGCAGUCAACCAGCAUAUACAAUCGAAGCUUCGCGGCACUCUAUCGAGCUUGCAGUCGCAAAUGGCAAAUCUCCCUGCGAUAGCUGACAUGUUCUUUGUGCCAGGUCAAUCAAAGCGUCUCCUCGCAGAUCACGAACAGUUGAAAGCACUAAUAGAGGAGAUUUAUGUUUCGAUUGGAGUCGAGGUAGCUACAGAGCAGGUAUCGAACAAGAAGAAGAAAAGACAGGCACGGGAGGCCGAGAGAAAGAAAAGAAAGACUGAGCAAAGGCAGCAAUCAAGCCGAUAACGAGAAAUUCCUUCAGCGCGCUCUAGAGCAGUGGUUACCAAUGAGACUUCCUAAGCCGAAUUUCCAGGUAUUCUCAUGAGCAAGUACUCCAGCAAUUAAAGUCGGCCACCCCCCAAUUCCAGGCAUUGAAACCGUGUCGUAGUCGAUGAUCACAAAGUCGCAUGGUCCCUAUUUACAUUCAGUCCUGGUUCAUAAACUCUCUCCGCGAAUGACUUAUUGCUGUCGGAAUCCUUCGCGACUUCACCACAAACUAGAACUCUUGCUCAUCCCAUUUCGCAGUAUACCGGAUCCGGUCUGACAAAGGAAAAACAGCCGUUUCGAAUGCUUCACCGGCCUUGACUAGUCUUGCGCACAAUCUUCCUGCCCGAGUGCAUAGAUCGCAUGAUCUGUUUUUGUCUCCCUGCGCAUAGUCCCACUUCAUUGUCCUGGCACUGUUAGGUAGGGCUUUACUUCCCACACAGCACCCUAUCGAGUGAUAACGUUCUUGUGACCGUAUCAUACUACUGUGGUUCUUCACUUGUAUCUUCUUGGUGGCGUGUUCGGUGUCGAACUUAGUUUGUAGGCGAUCGCUAAGCUCGAGUGGGAAGCUGGAAAAGGAACGCCACGACCCUUCUGAGGUUCCGUCGGGCAUAUAGAGGAUUUCCUUGAUGUGAGGUAGUCUGGAAGCGCGCAUUCUUUGUUUUUGCGCUCUCCUGAUCCAGGUCGAUGACUUCGUGCUUCAUCACGACUUGUUCAGUUGGCUUAUCCGUGCGGUUGGAUGCUUUGACCCUUUUGUGCUGGUUGUUAUCUUGCCCCUCCGGUGAGUUUCGUUUGUUCGAAUAGUCGUCCAGAGUGUCUUCCGCUUUGCCUUUGCCAUCAGCUGGCACCUCAGCCUCCACUGUUACCAUAUCGAGCAGUAGACCUACCACACACUCUCUCGUC